CCCUAUCAAUACACAUCACCGCAUCCCAACCUAUAUACCAGUGUCUGUGCAGCAAGUAUUAUUCGGACGGUGGCUGUGACCAAGACGUCAGUUUGCAAAAUGGAACCUAUGCAUGAUUUCAUCAAUCGUGGCAUCUGGACCAUGGUCGAGGCGAAUACUGAAAUCACCUAUACUUGCAUUCCGAUGCUGAAGUACUCUAUCCAGCGCUUGAUCCCUCAGUUCCGCUGGAACUCCAAAGGAACUACUGGUACGAAUGGACGGUUUCAAGGAAAUAGCCACGGCCUACAAUAUUUCUCCGCGAAGACACGACGGGUUGACACGGAUGCUGUCUACAAAGCCACCGUCCGAUACUUCUAUCUUACUACAAAGCCGCGAAGACGAAUUGGUUGAUGGCCACUCCUGUGAACGACCAUCUG